GGUACGUCGCGAAGUACAAACGUUUACAGUACACACCACAACAGCAUGAAAACUGGAUACGGGUUAAAUACUGCGGAUUCACUCGGAUACUUGGGAUAUGGCUCGAAGCCGUACUCUUCGCUCACCUACCUCGGCAGCAAAGGAUACAGUUCCUCGUCCGCGGGGCUGCGGUCAAAAAGUGCGCUCGACAAGGAUGUGAUAAUGUCCAAAGUGAAGAAACCCAAGCUAAGGAAAACGUCCACCGAGAAAAUUGAGACACCGCUGUACAAGAAGAAAACGUUCGAUUUCACCGAUUACGCGUACCGCGAGGCUGUGAACCGCUUGAAGUUCCUACUGACGGAAGCCUACGAACCGACAAAGGCAGCCACCUCCUUCUACUAUCGCAGCGUCGACGAUGGCAAAUCAGAAGUGUCCGACAGUCAGUCGGUGGUGGAACGACCCUCCAUAACGGAGGUGUCCAAAUACUUUCCCUCGACGGCCGUUACACGGUACGGAAGCACUCUCGGUCGGCGAUACAGCUUCCUGCACAAGGAUACAGCAGCAGGACCGUUGAAACCGGCCCUUUCCAAUUCUAGCUUGCAUCCAGCUCCAUCGUCAGGGCAUGCCACACAGAGCCUCGAAGUGGCGCAACCUCCGCCAGAACUGUUGGGAUUUAUUGAAAAACAAGAAAGCUACAUUGAGCAGCUAGAACGCGAAUCGCAAUAUUGCAGGGAAGAGCUUUCAACGCUAUUGAAGAAAGUGAAGGAGGUCGUGUCGGAGAACGAAGCCCUCACGGAUCGAUCGCGGUCCAAGGCACUAUAUCAGCUCGACUCAUCCGAAAGCGAGGACGUGGAUUAUGGGGACCGUGGUAAGGGUAAGGGUGCACUGUCCGGUCCGAGCAUUGUUUUCGAGUCACGAAUCAGCGAACUCGAGGCCCAGCUGGCACAAUCGCAGAUCGAUCUGAAGAAGCUGUUCAACGAGAAUGAGGAGAACAAGCGCAAACUGUUGCAUGGUGCGAGUGACGUCGGUAACGCCGAUGCUUACCGGAAGCAGGUGGACAAUCUUCAGCGCGAUAAACAAAACCUGGAAGAAACGGUCCGCAAGCUGCAGCUCUCGAUUGACCAGCUGAAGGAUACGGAGGCGUGCAAUUUCAGCAAAUCGCAACGCAGCCGUGACAUGAUCGAGCAGGUAGCGUUCGAGCGCAACCAGGCCGAGAUCGAAAUUCGGCGCCUGAAGGAUGAACUAGAGCGGCAGCACGAGCGUGUGCGCGAGGUGCAGCACGAGAUGGCUAAACGCAUUGCGGACGAGCGUGCCAUUGCCGAGCGUCGCUAUACGUAUCACGUGGAUCAACUGGGUGGAGACCUUAGCAGCCAGUGGGAACACGCGACCAAGCUGCAGCUCGAGGUGGAACGCAUGAAGCGCAUCGAGUCGGACUAUAAGCGCGAGCUGAAUCAGAAAAGCUCGCAGAUCGACGAGCUGAAGAUGGAGCUGAAGAACAAGUCGGCCAUCUUUAUGUCCGAUCUGAAUCAGGCGAGCGCCGAAAAGCAGUCGCUCGAGCAGGAGAUCACUUCGCUGAGACUCCAGCUUGAGCGUGCCGAGCGUCAGUCAAAGGUGGAAGUGUCGCGUCUGAAUGCCGAAAUCACUUCCCUCCGUCAGCGGCUCGAUCGUGCCGAUGCUGACUUGCUGCACUCGAAGCGCGAAAAUCUUAAGCUAGCCGAUGAUGUCGCUUCGUUGGAGAAGGAACUAACGCUUGGGGAGCUUAACCGAGAGACACGACCGUCCAAGGAGCUCGCCAAAAUCAUAUCCGACAUGGAAGCUAAGCACACCAACACCGUUUCCGAACUCGAGGGCAUGAUACAAGAUCAAAAACAGCUCAUGGAAAAACUAACUGCAGAAUGCAAAAGCUUGACGCAUAAGUUAGAGGACACCACACAGAAGCAUAAAGAGGAAAAGCGGGAGCUACGCCAAACGAACUCCGAACUGAUGGAACGGUUGAAGCAAAUCUGGCAUAACUACAAACAGAUCAGUCCCGCAUUUCGGAAGUCCAGUGUGGCGAGUUCCGGUAGCGAUCUCCGGGACCCGGUGAACGAUGAUUCUACGUCGCCCGCUCACGAUCAGCCGUCAACUCAGGAUCACGCCCCGGAAGCACUGCCGCACGCUAUGCCCCACCGGCUAGCAACGGUAGAACCGUGCCACCCGUCUCAGACACCUUCGAUGAUGGAACAACCGGGGUCGGAACUGGACGACAGUACGGAGGUGCUGGUGGUGGUAAAUCAUCCCGACCGGAGUCGCGCACAUCCGAUCGACAGCAGUACGCCCAACCGAAACAACCGCCCGAACUGUCCCGAAACAACUCCGUCGCCGACUACGUUGAGCCCAAGCGCAGCGAGUCCCGGCUGUCACGCUCCUCUGUCACCAACGACGAAGGAGUGCGCGGGUCCGGAGGCGUUCCAAAGGAGUCGGAGUAUGGACGUACUGUGGAACCGGAGCGUCUGUCACGAACCAGCGAUUCCACUAAACCGGACAGCGCCGGAGGCGGAGCAGCAUCGGGAAGCAGCGGGCGAUUGUCGCGCGAAUCCGUGGCCGACCAAAGAGCCUCACGGCAAUCGAUGCAAUCGUUGGCAGGAUCCCAACAGUAUGGCACAGCGGACGCCGUUGACCCCGCCACAGCACAGUACACCGCCCAGCAACAACAACAACAACAACAACAACAGUACGGAGAGUUCGCGUAUCCAACGGGAGACCAGCAACAGUACUCGGCGCUGGACGAUCAAUCUGCAGCCGGAUAUGAUUCCACCCAACAGCAGUACACCGAUCAGCAGCAGUACGAGGGUUACGCAGAGCAGUACGAUCAACAGCAGCAACAGGUCUACGACCAGCAGCAGUACCAGGGCUAUCAACAGUCAUAUGAUGCACAGCAGUACGCCCCUGAGCAAGUUUAUGAUGAAUCCAGCUACGCCACCGGAACCGGUACACUACAGCAGCCUGUCGCACCAGCACCCGCACCAGCAGCUCCAGCACCACCAGUCGUCGCACAAUCGCCCACCCAAGUAUCAGCUCCAUCCGCAGUCCCAUCCGCAUCAUCCGCCGCCACGCCAGUACCAGCAGCAGCACCGGCCCCAUCCACCACUGGAACCGGCAAACAGCAGUCAGGAAAGUCAGCAGUCGCAGUGGAACAGAAGGAAGGUAACCGAGCUGUGGGGAAUACACGUUCCGGUGCAUCAUCCCGGGCAGGAGCUAACGGACAGCGAUACAAACAACCAUCCGGCGCGGGACGAUAAGCCAUCGUCGGUGCAUCCCUGCUGCAGAAACAGCUUACCUCGCCAGCAGCUUCCGAAAACUUGCGAGUUCCAACCGAUCGAUAGCUAUCCCAAGCUGAGCAUUAGCAGUCCGAGCCUGUUCGGCAGCAGUCCCGAUCUGAGCCAAACGCCGUCACCGACAUCGACCGUGCUCAAAAACUAUGAUGCGGCCAGUCCCAACCCCAUAUGAAGGAAUAAGCGAACGGUUGACUGCGUUGCAUGCGUUGGUUUGGUUUGUGGGUGAUGUGGCGUGAUGUUGUGCGUUUGACUGUGAAAUUGUUUCAAUAAGUGUACUAUAUCUACCUAUUUUGUAGCCACUGCUCAAUCGGGCGGUUUGUAGUGAUUGCCAUGUUCUGAACAAUGAAUAAAAUUUUAACAACAUAA